UCUCUCUCUCUCCCGCCAUUAUGCAUCUCAAUAUAACCUAGCGAUAAAUUAGACAGAUAUCAAUCUUCGUGGGGAAAAAAAAUAAAAAGGAAAAGAAGAGAGCGAUUUGGUAAUCAUGAAGUUGUCUGAAUCAGAUAAAACCUCAUCCAUUUUGAUCUUAUUCUUUAUCUGCUUGUUGAUCAUUGCCAUCCCUGUAGUUCAAUGUAGUCGCAAAGACCCUAUCAAUUCUUCAGUGGUCCUUUCUCUUCCACUCUAUCCUUACUCUUCCAUACUAAAACAGCAUCGUCAUCGAAACUAUACUCAGCUGAAACAAUCCCGAAUCGCCGCCGAUGCAGCUCGAAUCAACUCCAUAAGUUCCCGGAUCCGAUACAAGGGCCACAAUCAUAAUGAUCCCUUUCAUCAACAGGCUAAAACCAGCCCACGAACAGCGGUGUUUCCAAACGCAUAUCAAACGUAUCUGGUCAACAUCGGCGUGGGUCAACCCGAGAAACAGAUCUUCUUGGUUAUGGAUACCGGAAGCAGCAUCACCUGGCUCCAAUGCCAACCGUGUGAUCCAUGUUUCUUUCAAUUCGGACCCGUUUUCGACCCGUCCAACUCCUCCACUUUCUCUCUUCUCCCCUGUUCCUCCCCACAGUGUUCUUCCAUUCCAAAUGAAGAGAAGCUAUGUUCCGGCGAAAGCUGCGGUUACACCAUAGCAUACGGCGACGGAUCUGAUCAAUCCUCCGGGAUCUAUGCAACUGAAACUUUAACUUUUGAUGAUUCUCCGGUGAAAGGUAUAGCCAUUGGAUGUGGGCACACUAGCCUUACGCCGCCGAAUGGGUUCAGUUCCGCCGCCGGGAUAAUUGGACUCGGACUUGAACCCCAAUCAUUUCCUUCCCAAAUUAAUGCAUCUUCCUUUUCUUAUUGCCUCGUUGCCAUGGAUUCCGGUAAAUUUUCCCCACUGGAAUUCAACUCCGCCCCACCAAUCGACUCUGUAUUUACUCCCAUGGUAACUAACCCAAAAACCGCCACCCAGUUUUAUUACCUGGGUUUGGCCGGAAUUACCGUCGGAGGUACUCUGUUGCCGAUCCCGGCGACCCUUUUCGAUUUCCAUGACGACGGAACCGGCGGUGUUAUACUUGACUCCGGCUCCAGUCUGACGUACUUCCCAUUGGAUGUUUAUCAGCCGUUAUCCGACGCGAUUACACAACGGGCUCCACCCGGGUCGUAUUUAGAUCCGUCUGAUCCGACUUGUUACGAGAUCACGUCCGACGACUCCUUGGAGAAAUUUCCAGAGGUCGGGUUUGUUUUCGCUGGUAACAAUGGCAACAAAACGCUGACGUUCGGGCCAAGGAACUACAUGAUGAAGCCAGAUGAUCCAGGGAGCAAAUUGUAUUGCUGGUGUUUUGAGUUAUCGCCGUUUGGGGAUUCCGAUACCCAAACCAUCAUCGGUAUGAGGCAGCAACAGGGGAUUCGUAUCACCUUUGAUUUGGUCAAUAAGCAAAUCGGUUUCAGUCUUAACAAGUGUUAAUGUUAUCACCUCGCAUUCAGUACAAGUUUCGAGGUUUAUGUAACAAAUGUAUUAAUGAAACGUAUCGAUGAAUGAAAUAUAUUUCACUUGUAUAAUGACAGUAAUACGACAUAGAGGAAAGAAAACUGAAACUAUAUGUAUAUGUAAAGCGGUUAACAAAAUGAUCAGCAUUCAGGAUAAUAUGUACUCCUCUGUCCCAUAAUUAUUGUCCAGUUUGAGAUUUCACUUUUAGUACAAUUUGAACUAGAAAUGAAAACUCAAACUU